CUCUCCUCCAAACAAGAUCCUUCUGGAUACAAAGAUGUCAUGUUUCCUGUGUUUGCGGUGGAAUUCGGCAUGAAUUAGCGCGUGAACGCAGCUCUGGAUAUUUCUCGUUGUGGACUUAUGAACUUAUGAAGACUAUUCAAGUUUGCAGUGUGGUCUGAUAUGAGGAAUAUUGCGCGCAUCUGAUGGAUGGAUGGAACUUCCCUCAUAAAGAGAUUCUGGGCCCGAGUGGAUUUCAUGUGUGUGUAAAAUAAGACUCACGGCGGAUGAAACAAACUAAUCAUGAUCAUGAAGCUCUGUUCGUCUCGCGUCUGCGUGUAAGGCGUCUCAGGAACCUCCGUGAAUUGCUGGGAGUUGGCGAUGGCAGGAACACUCUCAGGACGUCUCUGAAACCUUCCCAUGUUGGCGAAACUGCUGGAGACCUCACGCAUGCGGUUGAGUUUGUGUUGUGGAGAGAUUGAAGCGAACAGCAGAAGGGUCUGAGACACCUGUCAGUGACAGAGAGCAUGAAGGAGAAGUCGAAGAACGCGGCGCGGACGCGGAGGGAGAAGGAGAACAGCGAGUUCUAUGAGCUGGCCAAACUGCUGCCUCUGCCCUCGGCCAUCACCUCACAGCUGGACAAAGCCUCCAUCAUCAGACUCACCACCAGCUACCUGAAGAUGAGGAUAGUUUUCCCAGAAGGUCUUGGGGAAUCUUGGGGUCACGUGAGUCGAGCGAGUUCUCUGGACAAUGUGGGCCGAGAGUUAGGAUCACAUCUGCUUCAGACUUUGGAUGGCUUCAUUUUUGUGGUAGCUCCUGAUGGGAAAAUCAUGUACAUUUCUGAAACUGCAUCAGUGCAUUUAGGGUUGUCACAGGUAGAGCUGACGGGGAACAGCAUUUAUGAAUACAUCCACCCCGCAGACCACGACGAGAUGACCGCAGUCCUGACGGCUCACCAGCCGUAUCAUUCACACUUCGUCCACGAAUAUGAAAUGGAACGAUCUUUUUUCCUGAGAAUGAAAUGCGUCCUUGCUAAAAGAAACGCUGGCUUGACGUGUGGUGGUUACAAGGUAAUUCACUGCAGCGGCUAUCUGAAGAUCCGUCAGUACAGUUUAGACAUGUCUCCGUUUGACGGCUGUUAUCAGAAUGUGGGUCUGGUGGCUGUUGGUCACUCUCUCCCCCCCAGCGCAGUGACCGAGAUCAAGCUCCACAGCAAUAUGUUCAUGUUCAGAGCCAGCCUGGACAUGAAACUCAUUUUCCUGGACUCCAGGGUUGCGGAGCUCACUGGCUACGAGCCGCAAGACUUAAUAGAGAAGACACUUUAUCAUCACGUCCACAGCUGUGACACUUUCCAUCUCCGCUGCGCGCACCACUUGUGUGAGUUAGUGCUGGUAAAAGGACAAGUUACCACCAAAUACUACCGAUUCCUGGCUAAGCAAGGUGGGUGGGUGUGGGUACAGAGUUACGCUACUAUCGUACACAACAGCAGAUCGUCCAGACCACACUGCAUCGUCAGCGUCAACUACGUCCUCACGGACACGGAGUACAAAGGACUACAGUUGUCCUUAGAUCAGGUGACGUCCACUAAACCCUCGUUUACCUACAACAGCCCGUCCAACCCCAUCAGCGAGAACAGAAGAGUUGGCAAAAGCAGAGUCUCCCGUACCAAGACCAAAACAAGACUCUCUCCCUAUUCACAGUAUCCGGGUUUCCCCACGGAUCGCUCCGAGUCGGAUCAGGAUAGCCCGUGGGGAGGGAGUCCACUCACUGACUCUGCGUCUCCUCAGCUUCUAGAGCAGUGUGAAGGAAUAGACUCCUCAUGCGUGUAUCGGCAGUUCUCGGAACCACGGCAGCUCUGCUACAGCCUACCGCUGACAGAUGACCACCAUACCUCCAGCGACCUCUACAGCCACACUCACUCCGAGUCCUGCGAGAGAGGUCGCUGUAAGGCUGGCCGAUACUUUCUGGGCACCCCUCAGCCCAGCCGAGAGGCAUGGUGGGGCACAGCCCGCUCUGUCCUCCCGUUACCCAAGUCUUCGUCCGAGAACGGGGACAGUUUCGAAGGUGUGAUGCCCCACAUCACCUCCAUCCAUAGCCUGCAAGUGAGGGGUCACUGGGACGAGGACAGCGUGGUCAGCUCACCUGACACGAGCGAUUCAGGCGACCGAUACCGUGCAAGUCCUCAAGAGCCCAGCAAGAUUGAGACGUUGAUUCGAGCCACACAACAGAUGAUCAAAGAGGAGGAAAGUCGUCUGCAGUUGAGAAAGGCUCCUACAGAAAUACCUUUGGAGUCUACAAACGGUCUGGCCAAGAGCCACGGCUCGUCGUUUCACAGUACCGACUUUCCCCAGUCAGCGUUGCAGAGCGUGGUGUGUCGGGGGCCGGCUCAGGUUAUAAGCCCCGCCCCUAGCCCUGUUCCUCUGUCCCGUCUCAGCAGCCCCAUCCCUGACAGACUGGGUAAAAGUAAAGACUUCCUGCAAAGCGAGCUCUCCUCUUCUCAGCAACACCAGCAGCCACUGCCCCUGACGGGCACAUGUGCUGUCUCUCCGACUCCAGCGCUAUACCCCUCACACCCCCGCCAGUACCUGGAAAAACACACAGCCUACUCACUCACCAGCUACGCACUAGAACAUCUGUACGAGGCAGACAGCUUUAGAGGAUACUCCCUGGGUUGCUCAGGUUCCUCCCAUUACGACAUGGCCACUCAUCUACGCAUGCAGGCUGAACAAGCACCGGGCCAUAAAGGCACCUCCGUCAUUAUCACCAACGGCAGCUGAUGCUUAUCAAAUCAUGAACCGCCACUCAGUGCUUCACCCUCUCACUUGAGCUAGCCUAGAAUUUCUGAUUUGAUUUUUUUUUUUUUUCGUUCCUACAAAUUCUACAAACACAUUUUUCUUAAGUCUUCAUUGUUGUCUAGUAAAGAAAUUAAACAUCCUUAAAGCAUACUUUUACUUAAGAAGCAAAAUUGCUUAAGAUAUUGUUUUUUGUUUUUUUCAAAUACUGAGGUUUAUGCUUAAGCAGAAAAAGCUAAAAGAAAGUAAAUAAAUCAUAUAUUAUGCAAUUUUGUAUAAGUAAAUUGAUCUUAUUUUAACCUCUUAACUGUCACCGUCCCCUCUGUGGGACGCCUAUGUUUACUUCACUAUUUUACAAUUAAAUCCUAAUCUAAUCGUUGGAAAGGUCUAAGACUCCUAAAUAGGUAUUUUACCACUUUGUUAAAAAAUUAUGUAGGAAAAGUAAUAGAUUAAUUUAUGACAAGAGUGCACCUGAAAAAUCUACAUUAUAACAGGAGUUCUGACCUUUGUCACAGAAAGUCUUCUUAGUUGCCUUUUUCUCUGUCACGCUUUAGAAAUCAUAAGAAAUUAUAUAUCAGUUGAAAACAUAAAAUCUCAAAAUUCAUCCUUUGAAACCCAUUUUAAAAUCAGACAUUGCAUUACCAUGGAAAUGGUACAUCAAAAUCAUGUUACAAAAUGUUUUCAUUCAUGAAUUAUAAAAAUUUAAGUUUGGAUAGUGCACUACAACGUCUAUGUUCAAAACUGUGAGUGACAGUUAAGGGGUUAAGGAUGUUUAAAUAUUUUUACUGGAAAACAAGACAAAAAUACUGAUUAAGUACACUUUUGCAGUGUAUUAAGGGAUGUGAGUUCUUGAUAUCUGUGAAAGGGACAUUUGUUCAUUUGUUCACAGAGAAGAGAUUCUGUAAAAGAGUUUGUUUGUCAAAUACUUUAUAUACCUGAUUAUUACUUUUUUUUUUCUUCCUUAACCACUAUUAUGAGCUGCUUGAAUGAAUGGGGAUAGUCCAAAUCAUUUGUCAAAGUAAGAGAUUUAAUGAGAACCAUGAAUUAUGUGAUCUCGUAACAGCACAUUGAUAUGAUGGUCUCAAAAAUCUACACAGCAAAUGUAUUUAAAUGAUUUUAUUUUCUGUAGAAUUGUUGGGUCACAAUACUUUGUGGUUAAACUACAUGUCAUUUGAAAUUGUGGGAUUUGUUUUAGUUCUUGUUCAUUGAUUUGUUUGUUUGUUUUUGAUGCAACAAUUCUACAUCCAUGACCUCAAAUUCCAUCCAGGUUUUAGUCAUUUGCCCUCUGUACUUGAGACACAGCAGUGGCGUAUUUUUUAACUAGCUCAUCUGUGGCACUGGGGAAAAACCAUUUUAAUAUUACAAGAAAAAUUGAAGUAGCAUGCUGAUGUACCAGAGAUUAACAACUAAGUCUAAUGCAAAAUGCAGCAUUCAUUUAUAAUUGUUUAAGGUUAUUGUAGGAUUGAAUCUUAGCUCAUUUGUGUACUGGGAUACUUUUUGUAGUUGCAUAUGCUGUCCAUCUGUGUUUGGACCCAAUUCAGUCAAAGGCUUGAAGAUUCAGUUUGAGACUUUUAUUUUUUUAAAGAAGAAAUUGGUUGAGCACAUUAUUGUAUUAUUGAGUUGAACAAAUGUUUUGAGCCUUUUUUGUCCCUUUGCAAGCCUCUAACAUGUCAGCCUUUAAAAUGAAAACUGAGAUUAUGCAAUUCUGAAACACAUCUGAUUUUAUUUAAACAAACGGAACAAUAAUAGAACUGAACUAAAUGACGACUCUUGCGCUGGUUCGAUUAGAAGGUCUGGAAAUGUGUUUUUGGCCCGAUGAGUGAUUGACUGCUGCGGUGCUGGAAGGCUUCGAGUCGAGCUGCUGUUUGGUGUAUUGAGGUUCCACACUGGAGGAGUCCAAAGUCUGAUAAGGACGUUAAAGGGGGGAUUUUCUGACAGACUCUACCCCGUACCUCACUCCUUCUUCAUGUAUUUAUAAGAAACUGGCUCUGUUUGGAAAGCUGUUUUUCUCUGAGUGAGAGAAACUCUGAAAAAAAAAAAUAUUUAUGAUGUACAUACUCAAAAUACACCCCCCACCCGUACCAAAUAAAAUGAUGCAAAAGUUGCAAAAUGGUAUUGCAAAAUGUAUUUAUUAUGUGAAUGAAAAAUGUCUUUUGUUUCAAAACAUUGCAGUGUGUGUUUAUUUAUAAUUUUCAGUUCUGCAUCUAAAUUAAAUGCCAUUGUUUUCUUUCAUGCAUCACUGUUUCUAAACAUAUAAUGAGAAAUAUUUUAAUCUGUUUUCAUAUUGCAGCAAAACUGUUUAGAAUAACAUAUUUCCAAAUUGGUUCUGCAUUUGCUUUUAAUCUUGACAUUGUUCAUCCAGCGAGACCUUGGAGAACUCAGGUGAAAAAGAUCUUGACAUAACAAAUAUAUCCCUAAUUUGAUCAUUAUUCAUGUUUAAUAUGAUAUUUCAUACUCACUUGAGAAAUUAAUAAAUGAUUACAAAGAUGCUCAUUCA